AUGUCUAGUUCUAAGGACUACACCGUUGGCUGGGUCUGCGCCAUCGCUUCGGAAUACGUUGCUGCACAAGCUUUCUCCGACAGGAGGCAUGACGGACUCGAAUACGUCUCUCCCUAUAGCAACAACGAACAUUUGGGCAAGAUUGGGAAACACAAUGUCGUUAUUACCGUCUUGUCCAAGGCGAUUGGCAUUGAUGGCAGCGCGUCCAAGCAAAACCAUGAUAUUAAUCUGGGGGAUAUCGUGGUCGGCUCUCCCCGUGCGACUGCAGCAGCUGAACCACCGCCCAGUGUCUUUUCCUGGCUGCCCAUAAUAGCGGCGUCCGGCCCUAGUAACCUUUAG